CAACAUGCACACACGUCCACAACACUUGGUCAUUACAUUCCUCAUCAUUUCAAAACAAAAAGGUUAAGAAGUUAACGAGACAUGGCCGCGAAUGCACGCAUGGCGAGGUUUAUUAUGGAGGUGGCGCCGCCGCAGGUGGUGACGGUGAUGAGGCACCGCACAUCGAAAAUGUUGGACACCAUUAGUGAGGAGGAGAGGGACACCCCGUCGUCCGGUGGCUCCAGCGGUUCCCUCUCGCCCAAAAGCGCAUCGCCGCCACUGCCGCCGUCUUACUCCACCUCGCCGCCAUCUCCGCCGCCUACUACACCAAAGUCUAAGCAUUUUCUCAGUGAUAUACAGAGGGUUUUCUCCGUCUUUCGCAACUAAAGGCUCAUCUUAUAUUUCAAAUAUAAUCUCUUAGCUUGAUUAUAUGCUAAGCUAUAAAGUUACGCUGCAUGCUGAUGUGUUUUAGUUUUCAGCAGUUUCAUUCCUUUCUGGAUUUGGGAUUAAGAGCAGUGAAUGUGUAUGCAUGAUUACGGCUUAAUUAUUUGAUGCCAAUAAAUGUUGUGUUAAAUGUGAAUGAAAAUGUUAGUUCCG